GAUCAUUCCAGCAACCCAGCACAAGAUGAAGUUCCUGCCCCUGUUCGCUGUGUUCCUAAUCCUCGCCUGCUCCUCCCCUUGCCAUGGAGCCGCUGUGGCCAAGCCCACUGGUCAGCCUGGCUGCCAAACGGAAGAGGAACUGACGGUGGCCUUCUAUCCCCACUUCUUGCUGAAGAGCUCCUUCUGGAUUUGCUCCACCCAGGGCGUUCCGGCCACCCUCGGCCAGUGUCCCAUUCCCACCGCCUGGCUGGACUCCGUCAAGGCCUGUGUGCCCUGGCCCCAGUGGACCUGGUCACCCACCGCCCUUCCGCCCAGUCAGCCCGAAAUUGCUGCCUAGAACUGGAAUUAAGCAAAUCCAGUGCUUACAAAAUAAUUGUAAUAAUAUUAAAAAGAAAAACGCUUUUACCACUCUGCAAA